AUGCCCCGGGGACAAAAGAGUAAGCUUCGUGCUCGUGAGAAGCGCCGCCAAGCCAAAGAUGAGACCCAGGGUCUCAAGAAUGCUCAGGCCGCUGAGGAAAAAGGGGCCCCCUCAUGCUCCUCUUCUGUUUCUGAAGAUGCUGUCCCCAGCACCUCUGCUGCUGCCUUUUCCCAGAAGCCUACCACCACUGCUGCUGCAGGUGUUUCACAGAAGAAGUCUGGUAAAGGUGCCAAGAGCCGAGGGGAGGGAAGUGCCAGUACCUCUAAGAUCCCACCCUCCACUGAGAGUGCCCAGAGAGAUCUUCUCACCAAGAAGGCAGGGAUGCUGAUGCAGUACCUGCUGUACAAGUAUAAAAUGAAAGAGCCCAUUAUGAAGGGAGAGAUGCUGAAGAUUGUCAACAAAAGGUUCAACAAAAGUUUUCCAGAGAUCCUCAAGAAAGCCUCUGAGCAUGUCGAUCUGGUCUUUGGCCUUGAGCUGAAGGAAGUCAAGCCUGGUGGUAACUCCUAUACCCUUGUCAGCAAGCUAGAUGUCACCAACAAUGGAAGUCUGACUAGCUUGGGCUUUCCCAAGAAUGGGCUUCUGAUGCCUCUCCUGGGUGCGAUCUUCUUAAAUGGCAACUCUGCCUCUGAGGAGGAGAUCUGGGAAUUCCUGAAUAUUUUGGGGAUCUAUGAAGGGAAGAGGCACAUAAUCUUUGGGGAGUCCCGAAAGCUUAUCACCCAAGAUCUGGUGCAGGAGCAGUACCUGGAAUACCGGCAGGUGCCUGGUAGUGAUCCUCCACACUAUCAAUUCCUAUGGGGCCCCCGAUCUUUUGCUGAAACUAGCAAGAUGAAAGUCCUAGAGUUUUUGGCCAAGGUCAAUGAUACUGUCCCCAGUGCCUUCCCAUCCCAUUAUGAAGAGGCUUUGAGAGAUGAGGAAGAGAGAUCCCAACCCAGAGCUGCAACCAGGCGUGGUGCUGCUGCCAACAUCCAUACAUGUUCUAGGGUCACACCUGGCAGUUCCUCCUGCCCUUAG